AUGGAUGAUCCGGCGAAGACUGGAGUGAAGGGCCGGGGUGUAUAUACUGAGAGCGCUGAUCAGCUCUUCAGGCUACUUUGCGCAUGUACGGCCAGUCAAAGCGAGCAUUGCAUCGACUCCAAGAUGGCGAGAACACGUCUGGCUUGUUUUCUGACUCUCCUCUCAACUCACUGCUAUUUCAGCGCAUUAGCUGUGGUCCUGAAAACAGAUAGCGACUCACCUUGGACAGAUGAGUUUGACAAAGUUGAAUUAUCAUGUUUGAUUGAGUCCAUUUCUACAACCAAUCCCAGAAUUGAAUGGAAGAAGAUAACAAAUGAGGGACCAAGUUAUGUUUACUUUGACAAGAAGAUCUCAGGCGACCUGGAGAACAGAGCGGUGAUCAGAGAACCUGCCACAUUACUGAUAACCAAUGCCACAAGAUCGGACACAGCCAAAUAUCGCUGUGAGGUCACUGCCGCUGAUGACCAGAAGUCAUUUGAUGAGAUUGUGAUUGACCUCGUUGUAAGAGUAAAGCCGGUGGUGCCAAAAUGCAGUGUCCCAAAAUCAGUGCCUUUUGGGAAGUCAGCUGAGCUGAGCUGUGUGGAGGAGGAGGGCUUCCCCAAGUCUCAGUACCAGUGGUUCAAGAACAGAGAGGAGAUUCCCGACGACCCAAAGACCAGCCUCAAGUUCUUCAACUCCUCAUACACGCUCAGCGCAGAAACAGGAACUCUGAAGUUCAUCGCAGUCAGAAAAGAAGAUGCAGGCGAGUACUUUUGCCGAGCGAAGAACGAUGCAGGAUACUCUGAGUGUCCACCCCAGCAGAUGGAAGUCUAUGAUAUUGAUGUUGUUGGGAUUGUACUGGGAGUGCUGGUGGUGGUCAUAGUGCUCUUAUGUAUAACAGUGGGCAUCUGCUGUGCAUAUAAGCGUGGCUUCUUCUCCAGCCAAAAACAGACGGGGAACAACUACAAGGUUCCAGCUAAAGGAGAUGGAGUGGACUACGUCAGGACAGAGGAUGAGGGGGAUUUCCGACACAAGUCAUCAUUUGUGAUCUGAAAAGGGAGAGGAUGAUGAGGGGCAUUGUGCUGAGUGAAGGACAUGACAUGUGGGACUGCACUCCACGCUGUCUGACCACGGAGCUGCCACAGUUCAUGCUCUGAGCUCUCAGCAUGAACAAAUCCAACUACUCAAGUUUGCCAAAGGUGACAAGAUUCCACAGGACAACAAUACAGUAUGUUAAACUAUUACACGUCAGGACUGUGAUUCAUUUGUCCACUUUUAUCACCACCAACUGAAUUCUUUUGCUAAAUUAUGGAGUUGUUACUUUACAGUUAUUGCAUGGUUUCAAACAGCGGCUGAAGAAAUGAAACAGUUCUUUGUUCUGCAGGUAGAAAAGGAGGAGUUCCUCCAGAGUCAGUCUAUCAUGACACCUUUCUACUAUAAACGUGUAGCUUCAAACCUUUUGUCAUUUGUAUAACAUUUCUUUUCUACUGUUGAAAUUUGUCAGACUAUUUUUGAUGGAAUAUAUUUUAAAAUGCCUAUAGAUAAAGGUUUACUUUUUUAAAUAUUUGUAAGAUACUAACAUGUGUUGUUGUUUUUUUUUUAUUUGGUUGUGGAUAAAAAUGUGUAACACUUUAACCACUUUGCAUCAAGCUGGAAGCAUUUACACCUUCACAAUCGGAACGAUAGAAAGACAAAUGAAAAAUGGCUUGUAUUAGCAUAUCAAGUUGUGGUCUUACAUAUUUAAUUUCUCCUCUGGGAAGGCCCAGUUUCUGUUGUGAGAAACUUCCAUGUUGAUGUUUGUAGAUAGUCUUUGUCAGAGGCUUUGAAGAGUGCCAGUCAAAUGCUGUGAAACACUGUACACAAUCAGUGCUGCAUUUUCUUGAUUUUAAGUGUCCUUCUACGCUUGCUGUUAAUCUUGUAUAUAUUGAAUUUACUGUCCAGGAUUGAGUUUUGUUGUCAUACACACGUUCAGUAUUACACUAUAAUAAUAAUAAUGAUAAUAAUAAUAAUAAUAAUACAGGGUUUGCAAGUUAGCCUUCCAGACCAAAACUAGAGGAAAAUGUGCAUGAAAAGUUGUAAUACCUUGGUACUUUAUUUGAAUUGUGAAUUGAAACAAAUAGGAUGACCUGAUACAGAACUAAGUGUUAUCAGGACUUUGUAAUUUGAACUACUGAGUCACCUGUUUUUAACAUACAAUUACUAAAGGCACCAACAAUGUCAAUGAAAAUGUCCCACCUCUAUAGUCCAUACACAGACUGAUCCAGGCAGGUGGACCACGUUAACUACACCACAGCAUCUUCGACAUGGAUCCUGGCUGGUAUUUGUUGAUGUCCAGUCUGUUUACAAACUAUUUUUGCUAAUACUCGUGCUCAUUAGAGAGUAGAGCUCAUCUAACAUGUCUAGCUUUUAGAUGUGACUAAAUAAUGUUUUAGUUUGAAAGAAAAAUCCUUUUAGGUUUGACUGAAGCUCGUAUUGUAUUCAUUCCUCUCAGCAAAGCUGAAGGCACACAGCUGACUACACUGCAGUGUUACAGUGACAUACAGGGGGGUCUGGAGGGUUAACAUUAUACUAAUUGUACAUAGAUAUUUGUUCUUUGUUUUCUCUCAAGAUUAUGUAAAGUGGUGAACAAUGUAAAAGAAAUCCUAUUUGAGGCAAUAUGAAACUCUUUCCAUUUGUAAGAUUGAGAAAAGGUAACAUUUGAUCCCACGAUGUUGAUUCCAAAAAGGUUGGGAGUCAGAGUAAAAUGGAGUAUAAAAACAGAAUACAAUCAUUUGCAACCAACAAAGGUUUUAAGUGUUCCUGAGCCCAGCUGAACGCCUGAGCCUUUUCAGGAUGCCCCUUUCAUACUGGCACUGUCACCUGCUACCAGUCAACCUGUUUACCUGUGGAAUGAUCCAAACAGGUGUUUUUGGAGUUUAUGGCAAAAAGCAUUAGCAAAUGAUCACAUUCUGUUUGCUCUAUGUUUUACACAGCGUCAACAUUUUUUUGGAAUCUGGGUUGUAUCUUUCCGAACACAUGAACAAGAGCUUCUUAAUAGCAGCAAGUGCAGUGACGACCCUCGCGUCAGUUUUAAAAAGAUUUUCAGAAAAACAGCAACUUGCUGGAUGUUCUGUUAUUUUUGCCUCCUUCUUGUCGUCUUUCUGAGCUCCAACCAGAUUAAGAAAUCACACAAACACAAGAUAUGUAUAGUAUUCACUUCCAUGCUGCUCAUACGAAUCUCUUGUUCAGCUGUUAUGGAUGCAUUUUAGUCAGCAAGUGUGGAAAAAUGUUAACUGAAUAUCAGUCAUGGUAGAGAAGAUCUGCCCAACAUUUGCACAUAGGAAGUUGUCAACACUGCUCAGUCUUUUCCAAGUUAACAUGUUGCAUUAAGGAACCAAGAGAAAGCAUUUCUAAGUCUACUAUUAACCCAACUAAGUUUGCAAAUGACUCCUGUUUCAGAUACACUAUGUGGUGAGAUCUAAGUGCUGCAGCACACAGAUACAUACACUUCCCCUCUUCAUUUGUACAACUUUCAUUCCUCUUAAGUGCCUUCUGCCUUUAAAGUAGUCCAGUUUCUCUGCAGCCAUGCUCUCUCCCACUUGAACAUUUCUGCGAUACUGUCGGAGGCUUCAUGUUUUGCAUUCAUUUAACCACAAGCACGGCGUUUGAGAGGAAUGAUAUCACCGCAAAUUUCCACUUCCCUUCUUUACAUAACUUAUCUGCAAAUUUGUAAAUAGCUUUUUUCAUAGAUUUGAAGGUGUAGACAUGUUGAAGUAGAAAUAGAAAUAUAUUAGUGCCUAAAUAUAGUGGGGAUUAUUUUUGGUAAAGACACAUAGCACUAUUAGGCAAAAGAAAAAGAUGCAUACCCAAAGCAGGGACAUUUAUAUAUGAGCUGUGGUUUAUAACAUGUUUAACUAGAUUGUCCUGUUGUCCUGGCUGACUGAGGUGUUUUUCUUUAUAGCACCAACAGCCAGGGGAAUUUGAUUCUGGAACCCACCGCUGCUUUCACAAAUGAACACACUGUUGAAACCAAGAAUUGACUCAGUAUUCAUCAAAGUGUUGUGCAGCUGUGAUGGAGCUCUAAUUUUUCAGUGUUUUAUAAAGCAGAGUUAACGCUCAAGUGUCAGCCACAAACAGCAAACUGGAAAUCAUGUACAACUCCGUACAUUCGCCCACAGGCAGUCCUGAACUGGUUUUCUGUCAUCUGGCUGGAUGUUGUAAAGCAGUGGUGACAGAGAUUAUAUUCACACCACGGUGAGACAUGCUGGGAAAGUUAAGCCAAGCUAACUCACCAUUGUCUUUCAACUUCAAACAUGCAAAGACAGCAGCACUGAUACACUGAUAAACUGAGGACUGCUGAAAGAAAACAGGAUUCUCUAAACCAAACUCACAUACAGUAGAAUGUCCAUUUGGGGCCUGCUGGGGCUGUUUUUGUUCAUUUUAGAACCACUCUAUUUGUGAUUAAUAAAACUCACUUCUAAUAUUACUGGA